UUCUACUAUCUGACUACAUUGGUUGGGAUCAGCAAACUUAACAGUCAUCGCAGUUUGAUUAUCCGCGUAGAGAUGUUCAAAUUAGACGUGCGAAAAUAAGAAAGAAAGAUUUAUUUCUCCUAAGCUUUAUAUUCGAUAAUAUAUUAGAGUUUUUAGAGUUGUUUUUCUAACUUUCAUCAUGAUUAGUGCCAAAAGUAUGAAAAUAAUUCUCCGAGCGACUAUUUUUAUCGCUUUAUUGAUCUUAAUGAUCGAUGCGAAAAAAUACAACAACAAUGAAAAUCGCGAUGUAUAUCGAGACUGGCAAGAAUUUGAAGAAUUUCUCGAAUGGAAAAAAAUGAAAGGAAAUGGAAAUAAAAUGUCGAUUGAUUUUAAUGAUAAUUAUAAUAAUCCGGAUUUCAUAAAAAAUUAUGGAAAGGAAGAUAGACGAUCACAAGAUCCACCUCCGGUCGAUGACGCUGUUUUAAUGGCAAGAUUUAUUGUUAAUCAAGCUGAUUGGACCUCUGUAGCAACUAUAAGCACACGAAAAGAUAUUGAAUCGUUUCCAACAGUUAAUUUAAUUUCCUUUAGUGAUGGACGAUUAGGAAAUGGAUCUGGAAUACCUUAUCUUUAUCUUACACCUUUGGACUUUACUGCAAAAGAUUUAGCUAAAGAUAAUCGUGCUACACUUUUCAUGACAUUAGCUCAAGGAAAUUAUUGCAGAAGAAAAAUAUGGGAUCCAAUGGAUCCACGCUGUGCAAGAGUAAUACUUACUGGAAAAAUCAAACCAAUAAAAAAUGAAAGUCCUGAGUUAGAUGUAGCUAAAAGCGCUGUCUUUGGACGUCAUCCUGCAUUGGAGAAUAUGCCUGCAGAUCACCACUUUUAUUUCGCCAAAUUGAAAAUAAUAUCUAUCGCGGUUUUGGAUACAUUUGGUGGUCCAAAAUAUGUUAACGUAAGAGACUACUUACAUCCACCAACACCAAAUGUUACUGAAGAAUUUUAUAAACGUGUUCAUACACAGCAACAAGAUUAUGCCAGUGAUUCUCAAGAAGCAUAUAAUAUGAAACCAAUGUCCAACUUUUUAAAUCCAACUGUUCAAAAUAUCUAAAUAUCUAUUAUCUAAGUAUAGAUAAUUUUUUAUACUCAUAGUAUAUUCUAAAUGUAAAAUUGUUUUGUAUUUUGUACUUCUUAACAUACUUGUAUCACAUUUAGCUAACAUUUGCAUGUAUAAUGAUUAAUAUAUUAUUAUGGGCUGUGAUACAAUUUGAUAAUA